AUUGGAUGCCGAGCCUGAAAAGGAUUUUGAAUUGCUUUCAAUGAUACACCCUAAAUUAGUUCAGCUUGAUUAUGAGUCUAGUGAGGUCAAGAAACAACUGAUUUUAGGAUCGUUUUUCUUUUUCUUUGGAACCUACAUUUUCUCCAUGAUAGUAUCACCAGUUAUUUUCUCUUCAUACAAGAAUCUGAAGACCAAGGAGAAGGUAUUUUGGCAUCUGGCUAUUGUGCGUUCUGUGUUUGGUAUUUUUGCAGGGUUGGUUGGGUUAUGGGCGCUGUCUACACCAACAAAUCUGGACAGGGAUGUGGUGUUUGGUACCACGGCUACUACCUAUUUCGCUAUAGCCACGACUGUUGGAUUUUUCACGUUUGAGUGUACAGCUCUGCUGAUAUCUGAUAUCAUUUUUAGGAAUUACAGCAUGUUGUUAAACCUCCAUCAUUGGUUGUCCUUGGUAGGCUACAGCAUCGUUUUGUUUUCUGGCAGCAGUCAUUUUUUCGCCGGUAAAGGACUUGUGUUGGAGAUGAGCACGCCCUUUUCAGCAAUCUGCUGGACAAUGCUGAAAUGUGGCAAAGAAAAGUCGUUUUUAUGGAAAGCCAAUCAAUUCUUUUUGGUUCACACUUUCCAUUGUCGUUCCAUAGUAGAAUGUUAUUUAUUAUUUACAUCUUAUAAAAAUUGGGACUAUAUUUACACCCAGAUGCCAUCGCCAGUGUUCUACGCGCUGUAUAUACAGUUACCUUUGAUAACCUUCGUCAUGACACCAUAUUGGACCUACAAGAAAACAGUUCAAAUGGUUCAACAGAAGGACUGGAACUUUGAGGACUCGGAAAAGGGUGUGGGUAAUGGGUCGAUUAAAAAGGACGCUUAAAAGUAUUCAUUAUUAUUACAAUGUUAUAAAACUAAACUAACAUACCGCAUGGAAGAAAGUGACCGACUGGAUUAAUCGCAAUAUAUUUUGGGGCUUGGGCUCUGAUUGCGGAGACUUUUCUUGGUUUGGGGUAACGUGGAACUAUGUGACAUCCAUACUAUUAAUUUUACUAUCCUUCAUUUCGUGCUGAAAUCCAUACAGCCAUGAAGUAGAAUGUCACCUACUAUCAAAUUACAUCGACUCCAGGACCGUAUUGUAUUUGUGAAAGGGGGGGCCACAAAAUGAAGAAAAAGGUUAAUAUAUUUAUUGGAGAAGGUGGUUUAAGAACUUAAAUACAAUAUUGCUUUCGACUUAAAUACAAUAAACCACCUUCUCAAACCAAAAUAUUUCACUAGAUCGCAAGUGGGGCGUAUGUGUAACCUGUGUGUCAGUCGAAUAUUAAACCAUCGUCUAUGACCAUGGGAUGCACCUAGAGUAUUUGACCGUCCCUUCCUCCUUCUGACAUGAAGUCGUCUGCCUCUGAAACCAUUUUUUUAAAAAUAAUGUUUAAUAAGUGUUGGAAUGGAAUGAAAUGGGGUUUACCGCCCUACUUCUCUGCACCGACCGCUAUACGCCAUGAGGGAAUUUCGCCCGGACAGCGGCGCUACGGCCUACUCUUAUUUCGAAUUCCAAAUGUCAACGGUUCUGUGAUGUGCACCCCAAAGAAUACACAGGACCUCAGUUUUCGUCCUGUACCACUGAGACAUAGAAAUCACGUAAUCGGGAAAACUCGGGAUGAACUGGUUUGUGAGCCAGCGUCUCACUCACUGAGUCGCUGUGUCUCCCAAUACGUACCGCAGAUCCUAUCAAAUUCGAAAGGUUUAUGAUGCGUUCAUAUUGCUUAUUUUGCUAAAUUCUAUCAUGGCCAUGCAUUAAUUGUGUUACAAUAUCAGAAUAAUUUUACGAUUGUGAAUGUAUUAAAGUAUUUAUUUUUACUAUUAUUACAGAAUUGUAUUCUUUGUCCUGGUUCCGAACAGAUUGUAAUUUGUUGGCGAUAUUCUGCUCUGGAAACUACCCCGAAACUGAAAGAAAUGGGUCAGUUAUACGGUUAUCGUAUUAUCCGAACGAUUAGACUCUUUGCCUUGUCGGCUACAUCCCCGGCCCCACCCCACACACGCACUCCAUCGUUGACAAGGGGUAACCAGACUGAAAAAUUUAAACAAAUAUCUUGACCAACACCCGAAUCGCACCCAGUGAACCAGCAACUUUGGGCAAUGUCAAAGUAUUACGACUUUUACUUUGGUUGCUUUGAAUACAUAUUUGGAGGGUAUCUGAAAGCAAUUUGUUAACAACAUGUAAACAUUACCAGGAGCGUUAAUUGCAUUAAGACUAUUGGUAUAUUUUUGUAUAUUAAUUCUUUGUUCUAAUUCACAAAGUCGAUUA